AUGUUUAAAAAAUUUAACAUUAAAGAAGAUAUAGCGACUCAAUCCUUAGUAAAAACGUCAGUUCAAAGAAAUAUUCGUGCUAAAAUUUUAGGACAAUAUAAUAAAUUAGAAUCUGUAAUUGAAGAAGUACUGCCAAAAAAAUCCUCAUUAGCCUUAGUAAAAUGUCAUGAACAUAUUAAUUUACUCACAGUCAAUAAUGAAAUAUUAUUUUUUCAACAUUUUGAUGGACCUUAUUAUCCAACUUUAAGAUUGCUUCAUAAAUAUCCUGAUGCUUUUCCGAAAUUGCAGGUAGACAAAGGAGCAAUAAAAUUUAUUUUAUCAGGAGCAAAUAUUAUGUGUCCGGGACUUACAAGUAAGGGCGCAAGAAUGGAUGAAGAUUUGCCUGCUAAUACAGUUGUUGGAGUAUUUGCCGAAGGCAAAGAACAUGCUCUUGCUAUUGGUUUAACUAAAAAGUCAACUCAAGACAUUAAAAACAUUAAUAGGGACAUCGGAGUUGAAAAUGUUCAUUAUUUAAAUGAUUCAUUAUGGAAAAGUACUAUUGAGAUAUAA